AUGUCUUCCGAGCUGGAACGGUACAUCAGUGAUAAUUCAUUACGGUUCUUUGCCUCAUCUUCGAAGUCUCCUGAAGCCCUCUUCACCGCGCUCAAUGCUUCCGGUUUACCAGACUCGCCCGACGCACACCGCUUCGCGCAAGAGGUGUUCUCGCGCGCUCCCCGCAAAACCAAGGCAAAGAAGUCUUCUGACCUGGCUCGUAAGCAGGCGGAGGAACAGUCAAAGCUGCUGCACUCCCAGAAGUUCGGCUUCCUGCUCGAAGACGAAGCAGAUCAGGGUACGUCGGAUCUGAAGAGUGACAGGGUGAAAGCCUCAGGUCGAAGUAGCGCGAAGGACAAGCGCGAAAGACAUGUGCGGAAACGGGAGAGCGACGCGAAGGAAUGGGAGAGUGACGAUGAAGAGAAGGCGAGAAAGAGGGCGAGGACGGAUGACGGAGACUACCACGAUAAGCAGGCAGCGGAGGAGGACCUGGAUAUGGAGACACCGGAGGAUGAGGAGGCGCGGAAGGAGCGACAACGGCUGGAGGACCUGAGAGAGCGAGACGAGUUCGCAGAACGGGUCAAGCAACGCGAUCGAGAGCAGACAAAGCGCGUUGUGGAGGAUAGGUCUUCAAAAGCUGUCGGUGCGGCGGCGGAGGCCGCUGAACGACGACGACUCGCCGAGGAUGCUGAUGCACGGGGACUCGCCAUGCCCAAGCUACGAGAACACUCACGGCAGGAAUACCUAACAAAGCGAGAAAUGCAACGGAUAGAGCUGCUGCGCCGUGAAAUCACAGACGAUGAAGCUCUCUUUGUCGGGAUGAAGGUCUCGAAACGUGAACGUAAGGAUCUCGAGCGGAAAAAGCAGCUUCUGCGGAUUGUCGAGGAAAGGCUCAAGAUCGAUGACAAGUACGAGGGCUACAUGCUACCGGAGGAUUACAUCACGGAGCAAGGCAAGAUUGACAAGAAGCGGAAAGAAGGUGUACUUUACCAACGGUACGAGGAGGCCAAACCAAAGGACGAUCAGUUCACGACCGACAUCGAUCAGUGGGAGACUGCGCAGACAAAGCACAGUACGUUCAAGACGGGUGCUAUGGACAGGAAAGAGAUUGUCGAAGAGUAUGACUAUGUAUUCGACGAGAGUCAGACGAUCAAGUUCGUCAUGGAGAGUACCUUGGGCGGCGAAGGCAACAUGUCCGCGACAGACAAACUCUUGCAGCAGCAAAUCGAGGAGGCGGAACAGCGAGCCAAGUCGAUCGACGAGACGCGAAAGUCUCUCCCGAUUUAUUCGUACCGAGAAGAGCUAUUGCAAGCAAUCAAGGAGCACCAGGUCCUCAUUGUCGUCGCCGAAACUGGGUCGGGUAAGACCACACAACUCCCUCAGUAUCUCCACGAAGCCGGGUACACCGCGAACGGCCUGAAAGUCGGUUGCACACAGCCCCGACGUGUGGCGGCGAUGUCCGUGGCGGCGCGCGUUGCCGAGGAGAUGGGGACGAAGGUAGGAUACGAGGUCGGGUACUCCAUCCGGUUCGAAGACUGCACGAGCGACAAGACGGUACUCAAGUACAUGACGGACGGCAUGCUACUGCGCGAGUUCUUGACAGAGCCGGAUCUAGCGGGUUACUCUGCGCUGAUCAUCGACGAGGCGCAUGAACGCACGCUGAGUACGGACAUCCUCUUUGCUCUUGUCAAGGUGCUCACGGAGAACGCAAAGGAUAUUGCUAGGUUCAGGCCAGAGCUACGCUUGUUGAUAUCAAGCGCGACUAUGGAUGCUGCGAAGUUCAGCGAGUACUUCGAUAACGCGCCUGUUUUCUAUGUACCCGGCCGACGAUAUCCAGUCGACAUUCACUACACCCCGCAACCAGAGGCGAAUUACUUGCACGCAGCCAUCACGACUGUCUUCCAGAUCCACACUACACAACCUCGUGGCGACAUCCUCGUAUUCUUCACCGGACAGGACGAAAUCGAGGCUGCACAGGAGAACUUGCAGGAAACCUCUCGCGCUCUAGGGAACAAGAUCGCAGAGCUGAUCGUCUGCCCUAUCUACGCGAACCUGCCGAGCGACAUGCAGGCCAAGAUCUUUGAGCCGACGCCCGAGGGCGCACGCAAGGUCGUGCUCGCGACGAACAUCGCCGAGACGUCCAUUACGAUCGAAGGCGUCGUGUUCGUCAUCGAUCCGGGCUUCGUCAAGCAGAACUCGUAUAACCCGCGCACGGGCAUGUCCUCACUCGUUGUCGUGCCCUGUUCGCGCGCGUCGGCCAACCAGCGCGCGGGUCGUGCGGGGCGAGUAGGGCCUGGAAAGGCGUUCCGGCUGUACACCAAGUGGGCGUACGCGAACGAGCUGGAAGAGAAUACCGUGCCGGAGAUUCAGCGGACGAACCUGGGAAUGGUGGUUUUGCUCCUGAAGUCGCUUGGUAUCAACGACUUAAUCGGGUUCGAGUUUAUGGAUCCGCCGCCAGGAGAGACCCUUAUGCGUGCGCUGGAGCUGCUCUAUGCGCUUGGGGCGCUCAACGACCGGGGAGAACUGACGAAGCUUGGACGGCGGAUGGCCGAGUUCCCGGUGGACCCAAUGUUGUCCAAAGCAAUUAUCGCAAGCGAGCACUACCACUGUACCGACGAGGUCCUCACUAUCAUCUCGAUGCUGCAAGAGUCAUCGUCGCUCUUCUACCGGCCAAAGGACAAGAAGUUGCAUGCGGACCAGGCUCGGCAGAACUUCGUCCGCGCAGGCGGCGAUCAUUUCACCCUGCUGAACGUGUGGGAACAGUGGGCCGAGACAAACUAUUCGCAGCAGUUCUGCUACGAGCAGUUCUUGCAGUUCAAGAGUCUUGGUCGCGCACGAGACAUCCGCGACCAGUUGGCGGGGUUGUGCGAGCGUGUGGAGGUCGUCGUGGAGAGUAAUCCCAAUACGAACGACAUUACCCCCGUACAGAAGGCUCUCACGGCAGGAUACUUCUACAACACGGCUCAGUUGCAGAAAAGCGGUGAUUCGUACCGGACACUCAAAACCAAUCAGACCGUGUACAUCCACCCAUCUUCGAGUCUGUUCCAGCAGACACCGCCUGUCAAGACCGUGCUGUACUACGAGCUUGUCAUGACGUCGAAGUCAUAUCUGAGACAAGUGAUGGAGAUCAAGCCUUCAUGGUUGCUGGAGGUUGCGCCGCAUUACUUCAAGCCUGCUGACCUCGAGCAGCUAGCGACGGGCGACAAGAAGAUGCCGAAGACGGUCGGCAGCGCCGGAGAGAAGUCGCGAACGUAA